AUGACUUUGAGACGCUCGGAGCGAAUACACUUUAGCAACGAGGAUACGCUUUCUGCCUCGUCGUCAUCGCGAUCAUUGUCAGAGCAGCUACAAGAUGGCUGGAACCUGUACCAUCCGCCCUCCAGAGGGCUUCCUCAACGCACGAUCCCCUCCAACGUUGUCGACUUCUCCGUCAAACACUUGUUCGCGACGGAUUAUGGACCGAAAACUUUGGCACAAUUUCUGCGGGAAGAGAUAGACAAGUUGAGGCAGUCUGCCACCAUAUACACUGGCAAGGGCAAAGGCAAGAUGGUUGAAACGCCCCACCUCGCCGAUGCCGCGCAACCAGGUGUUCAUCACCGCCCCGGCUAUAACCACACUCCUGGCGACAGCAGGAAUGACGGGCCCCCGAAAAACAUGACGCACCAUUUGCAAUCUUCUGUCGAGGGUGCAUUUGCAGACGAGCAGUCCAUACACCGGGCGCCGUCUGCACACAUUCCGGGUCUAAACGCAUCACCUUCCAUAGCAAGCGCCUCCCUCCUCCAGAGUCAACAACCUCAUCCUAUGGAGAGCACUGCCCCAAGGAGUCUGUUAGUGAAUGCAGCCUUGCGACGGUCUGAACGUCUAUCGAACAAGGCCCAAAACAAGGACCGAGGUAAGAUGGAGAAUGCCUCACCUUACUCCGAUGCCAAUGCCAAGAGCAAUCGAGAAGACGGUACCAAAUCUCCCCGUGACUCUGAAAAUCCAUUCCUUCAGUCUGUUAAAGGUCCGGGUGUCUCUGCUGGUCGGGACAACGUCUCUGACCCAUACCAUUCUGCGACGUCGUUUGAGACCGUUACCGAUUCAGACAGGAGAAGCCACUUCGAAGAACAUACGAAAACUCGACGGCAUCUUGUCAGAGACGUACCUAGUCAGCUACCUAUUCAAAAGCACAAUGUGCCAGAUCAUUUGCGCACCAGACUUCGUCCAAGGCAGACUUUCUGCGAGGGCCCUGUCGAAUCUUCGCCGAACGAUGCAAAUGUAGAUGGUUUACCAUCCAAUACCGAGCAUGUUGCUAGUCCAGACCACAACUCGCCGCCCACCUUUAGGAUCCCCAGCAAGAUCCCACGGCGACCUAAUUGCAACCAGCAUCCGCAAAACUAUCUACCGAGACACACUUCACUCUCCGAACCCCGCCUUGAGAAUACACAACCCGGCAGAGAUGAAGCACAAAUAGUGGUCAUUGAUGUGUCAAAAUUCGUUGAUCGCUUUUUUUGGAACAUGAGCGGUUCUGACGAGGCAUGCUCUGCGCAAGGAGAUGUUGGUCAAGCCUUGAUAGGGACAUUAAUACCCCCAUCCUCUGUGCCAUCCCGUUUCAACUACACAGGCAUAGUGCCACCACGGCUGACGGCCGAAGUGAAGAGAAACUUCCUUGAAAGCGCGCAGCGAAUCACGGGAUCACUCAAGUUGCAACAACUUCUUGUGGCAUACGACCUUGAUUUGUUUCUCCAAGGGUACGAAGGAGCAAGACCGAUAAACCCUUCCGACGUUCUGGCCCUGAUAUCCGACUCUGACUCCGUUUCUUUCUCAUACGGUAGUGAAGAUGGACUCAAGCCGAAGUCUGGUGUGAUGCAGCAACACCGAAGCCUCGAUGACUUUGACGAAGAUCGAUGGAUGGACAUCGCCCAGCAUCUUUCUCCGCAGGAUAUAAGAAAUCUACGUCUUGUCAGUCGAGCACUGGCCCAACGUUUGGGGCCGAUUCUCUUUCGCAAUGUUGUGGUGAAUUUCGGCAAAAGAUUCUUUGACAUUGAUGACACUGGAUGGGAGAGCAGAUGUGGGCACCCUCCUUCGAAUUCCGUGCUGAAGAAACACGGAGAUAACAUCAACCAGUUUGGGAUAGCAUUCGAGUACGACCUGGAUGGCCUCGCCAACGCGUCGGAGAAAGUCAUAGAAAAGGAACAAGACGCGUGGUUCGGACGCUUUACGUGGCCGACAGAGAACUAUCCACGUUAUCCCUCCCUUCAAGCACAAGAGGACCUCGUAGAUCACAAUCGACCCUUGCUCAGAGAAGCCUUGAAGCACGUAACUAAAGCUUCUGAAUUGGGACUUUGCAUUGACAGUGGGCAUGGAUGGCUAGAAGGGCCCGACAUAUCUGAUCUUGCUUUAUUCCAGCGCCGGACAAAGAACGGCAGCGCGAUCUUUGGCGACACAUUCAAGACCGAGGACAUGUGGACCACCCUGGGACGCAAUCAAUAUUUCCACUGGGCUCAGCAGAAUACCAUCGAUGAGACUACCAAAUGGCUGAAUAGAGAAGCGUGCGACGACGCCGGAAAUUCACCUCACCGAGCGAGUACCUCUACCACGGACGAGAUCGAUUUCGUGAAUCAUGUUGGAACUACUAGUAUUGAGAGUUUCCGAGAGAAGCGUAAACCGGCAAAUGAUUUUGAGGAUGCGCACAUUGGGGUUUUCUCUAGCACUCGACGGAUUCGCCCGGGCUUCGACUCUCACAGUGCAAGCGUGCUUGGUGCACAUCCGAGCCAGUGGCCGCUGAUAUUUGGUGGUUACAAUCUCGCUGCAGAGCUGGGAGGCGUCAAUGAGCGGCUACCCACAAAAAUUGCACACCCUUAUUGCUCCCCUUUGCUUCCAGGUUCGCUGACAGAAGCACAGGCUCAGUGGUUGAUGGAGACUGCUUGGGCUCAGCGGGCCUUUUUGUCUGCCUAUACCACGGCCGUCAUCACUAACAAGCAGAACUUCACCAACAUCCACACUCUCAGAAUCAGUAAAUUAUCCUCAGGUCUUUUGCCAUCGAUGGAGCAGCAGGAAUUCUGGAGGUCUCUCCCGGGACUGAAGAAUUUAAAGAUCCUAGUCAGUCCAGACUGGCGGCAGGAUUAUCUCAUCGGCGACCGUGCCUUUGCCACGAAUAUGCUGAUAUCUCCUGCAAAGGCUGCCGAGAGGUUCACCCGGUUCUUGAGACUCCACGUCACCAAGCUGGAGACUCUGUUGAGUCUGACGGUUGGUUACGCCGGAGGCGGAGAAGAUGCGGUUGGCAUGUUUGCCCGUAACCAACAUGUUUUGUUCGCUCCAAUCGUGGAAGAUCCUAGAGACUGGCUUCACCGUCCUGCCCGACCUCCAUGGGUGACCAGGUUCGAUCACGUUCGCGAGCUCAAAUUCAAAAAUUGCUGGUUUACCCCUUGGAUGUUGCGAGCAUUCAUGGAAAAGAGUAAGGACACCAGUCUUCACACCCUCAACCUCGACUCUGUCAGUAUGACGGCCAUCCACGAUUCGAGCAUCGACAAUCGAAUAUUGGCUCAGGGCAUCGGGUCGCGUUGUGCGUGGCCUCGAUCUUCGUGGCUCAAUGAAACGCUCUCAGCCAGUACUGCUUGGUGUCAGGUCCUUGAUGACAUCACUCCAGGAGUUACAUUGCUUGAGCGCAAGUACGAUGCCGGUAUGAUCGACGAGAUUCAACAUCCACGACCCAAAAGGGCAUUCCGCGGCCACGUGCGGAAACUGAUUCUCAAGAGCUGUGGUUAUGUCAAAAUAUCACUACCGAAGACUGGCAUCUCGGGGUACAGCCAGAACGCGCUUCUUGCGCAUUCUCAUGUUCCUAUGGACCAGGGUCUUUUCAAGCGUAUGCAACAAUAUGUCAAGGUCCCAUCCUCCUCAACCGCAGGGGCAGGUGAAGAUGCAGAGACCCACAAUGGCCCGGCCGGAGUUCUUCGAGCCAAGCGAGGUGAUGAUCUUUCUCGCCGGCAUAUCAUGCUGAGUACCAUCGCGCCCAACGGCGAGCCGUAUCCUUGGUUAGGCACAUUGACGCAGUGUGUCCAUCCGGUUGAGAAACGAGUCCUGGAGGAAGCCUGGGGCAUGACCUUUGGUUGGCAAGAUGAUUUGGCGCGUUUCGGUGCUGUGGAAGAUGGAUUCUUCGAAGGUGGCACGGGCCGAUUCAGCGGUGUUAUCGAAAGGGAUCCCAGUGAAGAAGAAACGAUAUCAGAUUAG